AUGCAAAAACAAUUGACUUUGCUUCUCGCCGUGCUCCUGCAGCUCAUCGGUGGCUGCACAGCGAGUCAGAGACUGGACCCAACAUCAACCUUACAAUUUACUCAUACAGUUUACAAUGCCACCAUUUAUGAGAACUCUGCUGCUAAAACUUACCUGGAAAGCCAUGUUAAAAUGGGCAUCUACAUUACAGACCCAAACUGGGAGAUACGGUACAAAAUCAUUUCGGGAGACAACGAGAACCUUUUUAAAGCUGAGGAUUAUCAGCUGGGAGACUUCAGUUUUCUGAGGAUAAGAACCAAAGGAGGUAGCGGUGCAAUUCUUAACCGGGAGGUCAGAGACCACUAUUCUCUGACGGUCAAAGCCGUCGAGAAGAACACCAACGCAGAGGCACGCACCCGAGUCAGGGUUCACGUGCUCGACACUAACGACCUUAGGCCGUUGUUCUCUCCCACUUCCUACAGCAUAUCUCUGCCAGAGAACACGGCUGUACGGACGAGCGUAGCAAAAGUGACCGCCACGGACGCCGACAUCGGUACGAACGGAGAGUACUACUAUAGUUUUAGAGAAUGGACAGACAUUUUUGCAGUCCACCCGACCAGCGGCGUGGUGACGCUGACCGGCAAGCUGGAUUACUCGGAGACGAAGCUGUACGAACUGGAGAUUCUGGCGGUGGAUCGGGGCAUGAAGUUGUACGGGAGCAGCGGGUUCAGCAGCAUGGCCAAACUGACGGUGAGGGUGGAGCAGGCCAACGAGCAUGCGCCCGUCAUCACGGCCGUCGCCCUGGCCCCGUCGGACACGGGCGCCGACCCCACUUACGCCAUGGUGACGGUGGAAGACGACGACCAGGGGGCAAACGGAGAGAUAUCCUCCCUGACUAUUGUAGCGGGUGAUCCGCUGCAGCAGUUCAAAGCCAUGAGAACUAGCCCGGGAGGCAAAGAAUACAAAAUAAAAGCCAUCAAAGAUGUUGACUGGGACAGCCAGCCUUUCGGAUACAAUCUCACUCUGCAGGCCAAGGACAAAGGGAGUCCUCCGCAGUUCUCAGCGGCUAAAGUCAUUCACGUCACAUCCCCACAGUUCAAGGUGGGGCCUGUCAAAUUUGAAAAGGCUAUUUACAAGGUCAAUGUCAGUGAAUUUGCCCCCCUCAACACUCCUGUUGCCAUGGUGUCAGCUGUGCCGAGGUAUCCCCAAGUAAAGUAUGCUUUCAGACACAAGUUGGACAAAAAUCGUUUCGUUAUCAAUCCAAACACUGGAUUGAUUACGACAGCAGGGGCCAUUGAUGCAGUCUAUGCCCCGAGAACUGAACUGGAAGUUGUGACGAGUGACAAAAAGGCAUCAACUAAAGUUAUUGUUGAUGUGAUAGACGUUAACAAUAAUGCCCCUGAGUUUCAGCAGACCUCUUACAAAGCUAGCGUCGACGAAAACAUGCCAACCGGUACGAGUGUACUCACGGUAAAGGCUACAGAUCUAGACAGUGGCGAGAACGGCUACGUGACAUAUAGCAUUGCCAAUGUGAAUCCUCAGCCGUUUGUCAUUGACUAUUUUUCUGGAGUUAUCAGUACCUCAGAGCAGUUAGAUUACGAACUGAUGCCGAGGAUAUACAAUCUGAGAGUGAGGGCGUCGGAUUGGGGAUCUCCCUUUCGCCGUGAGGUGGAGACACAGGUCACUAUCACACUGAACAACCUUAAUGACAACAAACCGCUGUUUGAAAAUGUUGACUGUGAAGUUACUGUGCCAAGAGACCACGGAGUUGGCGAGCAGAUUACAACCGUGUCGGCCAUCGACGCUGAUGAGUUGCAGCUGGUACGAUACAGAAUAAAGGCUGGGAACGAUUUAGAUCUUUUUGAUUUGAACCCCAACUCAGGCGUGUUGUCCCUGAAACAGCCGCUAAGUGACGGUGAAGCCGCUAAAAUGUCCUUCCACAGCUUGCAGAUCGUAGCCAAUGAUGGCGAACACGACACCCAGCCAAUGUUCAUGAACAUUACUGUCAUAUCAGCUCGUAAACCAGUUCAGGUGAAAUGCGUAGACACUGGAGUUGCCACUAUGCUGGCCGAAAAGCUCUUGCAAGGUAGCAGGAUCCACAGCCAGACUGAAGCUGAAGAGAGCUUUCUGGACAUUCACUCUGUGAACCGCUUUGCACCCCAGUUUGCUGAGUCUUUCCCCAGUGUUGUAGAGGUCAAAGAAGACCUCCUGGUGGGUGCCAGAAUCGUCCACCUGAGCGCCUCAGAUUCUGACAGUGGUUUCAAUGGAAAAUUGGUGUAUGUCAUUUCAGGAGGGGACACGGAAAGUCGCUUUAUUGUUGAUACGGCCAGUGGCUGGCUUAUGGUUUACGCUCCACUAGACAGAGAGACAACUGAUCACUACACGCUGAACAUUACUGUGUAUGACCUGGGCAUACCUCAGAAGUCUUCAUCACGGCUAUUGGAUGUUAAGAUUAUCGAUGCUAAUGACAACACCCCACAGUUCUUACAAGACGUCUAUUCGGUGGAAAUAAGCGAGGACACAGCCGUGGGCACCGAGAUCAUUCAGGUUGAGGCUAAAGACAAAGACCUGGGAGAUAACGGCGUAGUGAGGUACUCCAUUUUAGCGGACACUGGGCACUUGGCUAUCAAUGAGCAAACUGGUGUUGUCACCGUGAAAAAGCCACUGGAUCGCGAAACGCAGCCUAGUUACAUGCUUAAGGUUGAGGCCCGUGACCAGGCUACAGCUGAACCACAGUUAGUAUCCACUGUUCUGCUGAAGAUUGUUUUGGAGGAUGUCAAUGAUAAUCCACCAAAGUUCAUCCCACCCAAUUACAGAGUGAAGGUACGUGAGGACCUUCCCAUUGGCACUGUAAUUAUGUGGCUGGAGGCACAUGAUCCAGACGUUGGGGCGUCCAGUCAGGUUCGAUACAGCCUCAUAGACAAUGGCGAUGGGAAAUUCGAAGUGGACAAACUCAGCGGGGCUGUGAGGAUCGUGCAGAAUCUGGAUUAUGAGAAAAAGCAGGUGUACAACCUAAUGGCAAGGGCGAAAGACAAAGGGAAGCCGAUGUCUUUGUCCUCAACUUGUCAUAUUGAAGUGGACGUGGUGGAUGUGAAUGAGAAUCUGUACCGUCCAAAAUUCCCGUCUUUUGUGGAUAAGGGAUCUAUUAAGGAGGAUGCACAGAUUGGGACGUCUGUUAUGAGGGUAACAGCUGAAGAUGAGGAUAAGGGCAGAGACGGGGAGAUCAGGUACUCCAUACGAGACGGAUCUGGCCUGGGGGUGUUCUCCAUCGAUGAGGAAACUGGUAUCAUAAGAACGCAGGAACUCCUGGACCAUGAGACGACACCACACUACUGGCUAACUGUCUACGCCACGGACCGCGGCGUGGUUCCGCUCUCGGCCUUCGUGGAAGUCUACAUCGAGGUGGAGGACGUCAACGACAAUGCUCCCCAGACCUCCGAACCCGUCUACUACCCCUCUGUGAUGGAGAACUCCCCCAGAGACAUGUCCAUCAUCCAGAUCGAAGCUGUGGACCCAGAUGCUGGCUCCAGCGACAAGCUGUCUUAUAAGAUCACCAGCGGCAAUCCCCAGGGCUUCUUCACCAUCAACCCCAAAACAGGUCUGGUCACGACGACCUCCAGGAAACUGGACCGGGAACAGCAGGAUGAGCAUAUUCUGGAGAUAACGGUGACUGAUCACGGAGUGCCGCCGAAGUCAACCACGGUGCGGGUGAUUGUGAAGGUCUUGGAUGAGAACGACAACCGUCCGCAGUUCAUGGAGAAGGUCUACAAGAUAAAACUUCCCGAGCGGGAGAAAGCGGAGAAAGAACGUCUGAUGAAGAGAGAACCCGUGUACCGCGUCAUCGCCGCCGACCGCGACGAAGGGCCAAACGCCGAAAUCUCCUACAGCAUCGAGGAAGGAGACGAACACGGAAAGUUCUUCAUCGAACCCAAGACGGGCAUGGUGUCUUCCAAGAAGUUCUCCUCAGCCGGAGAAUACGACAUUCUCACUAUCAAAGCCGUCGACAACGGCCGGCCACAGAAGUCCUCCACCUGUCGUCUCCACAUUGAGUGGAUUCCCAAACCAGAGCCGGCGGACACCCCUCUGGCCUUUGACGAGCCCUUCUUCACCUUUUCCGUCAUGGAGAGUGACCCCGUGGCCCACAUGGUGGGGGUCAUCACCAUGGAACCGGUGGAGACACCCGUCUGGUUCGAAAUCACAGGUGGGAGCUAUGACAACCGUUUUGACGUGGGCAAGGCGAGUGGGACCGUCAUGGUGGCCAGACCUCUGGAUGCCGAGCAGAAAUCAAAUUACAACCUGACAGUGGAGGCAACAGAUGGCACAAGGUCCAUCAGCACCCAGGUGCUCAUCAAAGUGAUUGACACCAACAACCACCGCCCCCAGUUCUCCCAACCCAAGUACGAGGUGAGCGUUCCCGAGGACACGCCCCCGGACUCAGAGGUUCUUCAGAUCAGUGCCACGGACCAGGAUGAGAAAAACAAACUCACCUUCACUCUGCUGAGCAGCACCGAUCCGUUCAGCCUGCGGAAGUUCCGACUGGAUCCUGGCACGGGGGUGCUCUACACUGCCGAGAGACUGGAUCACGAGACCAUGAGAAAACACACUCUCACUGUUAUGGUGCGUGAUCAGGACAUUCCGGUAAAGCGUAACCUCGCCCGCGUCAUCGUCAACGUGGAAGACACCAACGAUAACGCGCCCUGGUUCUCUGGCGCUCCGUACGCCGGCAGGGUGUUCGAGUCGGCCACGGUCGGCUCUGCCGUGAUCCAGGUCACGGCCCUGGACAAGGACAAGGGCCAGAACGCGGAGAUUACUUACAGCAUCGAGUCAGGAAAUGCUGCAAAUUCAUUUGCCAUUGAUCCUGUCCUGGGAACAAUUACUGUGGCAAAGGAGUUGGAUCGGAGCCAGAAAAACCAAUUUGCGCUGAUUGUGAAAGCUUCUGACAGGGGGACCCCUUCCUUAACCGCCACAGCAGCUGUCGACAUCAUGGUCACAAUCUCCGACAACGCCAAACCCAAGUUUGCACAGAAGGACUUCUCGGCCGAGGUCAGCGAGUCCGCGCUGCCCGGCACUUUUGUGAGCCUUUUGACCGCAACCAGCCAGUCGUCGGUAUUUUACCAAAUUAAAGAAGGGAACAUAAACGGAGUUUUUGACAUCAACCCCAAUUCAGGUGUGGUCGUCACUCAGAGGGCGCUAGACUUUGAGACGAUACCUACAUACAAGUUAACUAUUCAAGGAACCAACAUGGCUGGGCAGGCAAGCAAUGCCACGCUUGUAGUUCACCUGAGGGAUGAGAACGAUAUUGCCCCGCUCUUUAUCCAGAAUGAGUUUACUGGAAUGAUCAGCGAGUCCUCUCUCGUCAACAGUGUUGUUCUGACCAAAGACAACACCCCACUUGUCAUCCGUGCCUUAGAUUCUGACCGUGACGCCAAUGCCAGGCUAGUUUAUCAGAUUGUGGAGCCGUUCGCUCACAACUACUUUUCCAUCGACUCUAGUACGGGAGCCAUCAGAACCUCCACUGAACUGGACUAUGAGCAGAAGUCAGUCUUCCGAUUCACGGUUCAGGUCCAUGACAUGGGAGUCCCACGUCACUUUGCUGAGAAAGCCGCGAACGUCACAAUCGAAGUUAUUGAUGUCAAUGAUUGCCCACCCAAGUUCAGUCAGGACCUGUAUGAGGCUACAGUUCUGGUUCCAACAUACAAAGGUGUACAGGUGCUCAGAGUCAAUGCCACCGAUGCGGACUCUGGGCCGAACUCCAAACUCAUUUUCUCCAUUGCUGAGGGCAACAUCGGUGAUAAGUUCAAAAUGGAUCCCAUGUCUGGAGUCAUCACGGUUCAGAACGUGACCCAGUUGAGAAGCAGAUACGAGCUGAAAGUGAGGGUAUCUGACGGCAGAUUUGCAAACAUAGCUUCGGUUAAAAUAAGUGUCAGGGAGAACAAAGAGAGCGCUUUGAAGUUUACAAGUGAAUCCUACAAGGCUUAUGUUGAGGAGAACUCAUCAGACAAGAAAACUUUGGCAGUUAUCGCUACUGUAGGCAGCCAAGUUAAUGAACCCAUCUUUUACACGAUUCUCAACCCCGAUAUCAGAUUUGAGAUUAGUCGUACCUCAGGGGUCCUCUCCACCACUGGCAUACCCUUCGACCGUGAGGAACAGGACGCUUUUGACAUAGUCGUAGAGGUGACCAGAGAGGACAAGACGUCUGAGGUGGCACAUGUUCUCGUCACAGUGUCUGUUGAAGAUGUCAAUGACAACACUCCCAUGUUUGUCAACCUGCCGUACCAUGCCUUGGUCCAGGUGGAUGCUGAAGUAGGCCAGGUCAUAAGGCAGGUAAUAGCAGUAGACAAGGACAUCGAUAAGAAUGCAGAAAUCUACUACCAUUUGCAAGAGCAUCACGAGCAUUUCCAGAUAAGCCCGGGUGGCGAAAUCUCCCUGAAAAAGCAAUUUGAGAAGGACUCCCUCAACGCUGAGUUUGUCGUGACCGUUGUUGCCAAAGACAAAGGGGAACCAGCCCUUUCUGCCACUGUGGAAGUUCCUAUCACAGUGGUAAACAAGGCCAUUCCAGUGUUUGAGAAGCCUUUCUAUAGCCUGGAGAUCCCAGAAAACAUACAGUUACACACGCCCGUCGUUCAUGUCCAGGCCAGUGAUUCCGAAGGCCCGCGCAUUGUUUACACCAUUUCAGAGGGUGAUCCACUGAAUCAGUUCUCCAUCAACUUCAACACAGGUGUCAUUCAUGUGGUGGAGCCCUUAGAUUUCGAAGCUCAUCCUGCCUACAAGUUGAGUGUAAGAGCGACAGACUCGCUCACCGGUGCCCGUUCAGAAGUUUUUGUUGACAUAAUCCUGGAGGAUGUCAAUGAUAAUCCUCCUGUGUUCCAAACAAAGUCAUACAACGCAAGCCUCUCUGAGGCUUCGGUGAUUGGCACAUCAGUAUUGCAGGUUUCAGCUACAGAUGCAGACACAGGCAACAACAAAGUCCUCUUCUACCAGAUUGUGGAGGAUAAAGAGAAGAGCUCGGACUAUUUCAGCAUCGAUCGCGACACGGGUACGAUCUGGACAGCCCGUACGCUCGACCAUGAGGAAAAGACACAACAUUUGAUCACAGUCAGAGCAGUGGACGGAGGAGUCCCUGCUCUUUCCAGCGAAGUCACUGUGACCAUUGACAUCACGGAUCUUAAUGACAACUCUCCUGUGUUCUCACAGAGCCUUUACGAAGCCACUGUCAGUGAAUUGGCUCCUCGCGGUCACUUCGUAACCCAGGUGCAGGGGUCAGAUGCCGACAGUUCAGACGGCGGAAAACUUGAGUUCUCAAUUCUCUCGGGCAACGAAGACCAGAACUUUGCCAUGGACAAAAAUACUGGGGCUAUCAUCGUCUCCAAUCACCGAAAACCUCACAUGAAUCCCCUGUACAAUCUGAACGUGUCCGUGUCAGACGGCGUGUUCAGGAGCUCUGCCAUUGUGAGGGUCACCGUCAUCGGUGCCAACUUCCACAAUCCGACUUUCCCACAAGUGGAUUACGUGGUUGAACUUCUGGAAAAUUCCCCCGUUGGCACGUUGGUAGCAGAGGCCCAAGCUACAGACGAGGACUCUGGCACAUAUGGACGACUGACUUACCACAUUGUCAACGACAUAGCACGAGACAAGUUUUCCGUCAAUGAAGAUGGAGAGAUUUUCACCUUGGAGAGUCUCGAUCGUGAGAAUGCUCUGGAAAGAGCAAUCCUGAUAUCUCUGAUGGCCAAGGAUGGAGGCGGAAAGGUGGGCUUCUGCACCAUCAACGUCAUCUUGACUGAUGUUAACGAUAACACCCCUCAGUUCAGAGCCUCUCAGUACAAGGUAAACGUCCCGUCAGAUGUGCCAAGAGGGACGACUGUGGUCAAAAUCGCCGCUUCAGACAUGGAUGAGGGCAGCAAUGCAGAUAUUACCUACGCCAUAGAGGCUGACGUUGAAAAUGUUGAGGAGAAUUUUGAAAUCCACCCUUACAGUGGUGUCAUAGUGACAAAGGAGAGUCUGAUUGGACUUGAAAAUGAUCUCUAUGCCUUUUAUGUGAGGGCCAAGGAUUCUGGGAAUCCGUCAAAGUCUUCUGUAAUACCAGUCUACGUCAGAGUACUGGCUCCAGAGGUGCCUGUGCCAAAAUUCGUUGAGCCCCACUACAGGUUCGCAAUUGACGAAGACCUUCCCGUCGGUUCGGAAAUUGACGUUAUCCAGGCGGAGGGCGAGCAGCCUGUCUUUUACACCCUGGUCAAGGGGAACACACCUGAAAGCAAUCAAGAUGAGGUCUUUGUGGUGGACCGUGAGAGUGGAGCUCUUAAGCUGGAGAAGAAGCUGGACCACGAAAGCACGAAAUGGUACCAGCUCACGCUGCAGGCCCAGAGUGACCACGAGGGGACUGAGGUCUUCUCUGCCGUGGAUGUCAGCAUCCAGGUCAAGGAUGUAAACGACAACCGACCCCUCUUUGAAUCUGACCCAUACGAAGCUGUGGUGGUAGAAAACCUCCCAGGCGGUACACCUGUGAUCCAGGUAAAGGCCACAGACUUGGACUCGGGAACGAAUGGACAGGUUGCCUACAGCCUAGACUCUAACCAGGAAUCAGGAGAGAUUGUGGAGCUGUUCUCCAUCAACAGUGAGACUGGUUGGGUGACCACGCUGAAGGAGUUGGACCGCGAGAAGAGGAACAAAUACACGAUCUCCGUCUUAGCUACUGAUCGCGGAGACAAAGUCCAGCUGACAGCCAGUGCGAAGGUGGAGGUUACCGUUGCAGAUGUCAACGAUAACCCUCCUCGCUUCACGGCGGAGAUCUACAAAGGCACAGUCAGCGAGGACGACCCUCCACCCAGUGGAGUCAUCGCCAUCUUGAGCACCACAGACGCAGACACAGAGGACAUCAACAAGCAAGUCAAAUAUUUCAUCACAGGAGGCGAUCCACUGGGACAGUUUGCCAUUGAGCACAUACAGAAUGAAUGGAAGGUGUCUGUCAGGAAGGCCUUGGACAGGGAGGAGAGAGACAAUUACCUGCUGAAUAUCACCGCCACCGACGGCACCUUCGCCACCAAGGCCGUGGUGGAAGUCAAGGUCCUCGAUGCCAACGACAACAGCCCCGUCUGCGAGAAGUCGCUCUAUGUCGAGAGUGUCCCUGAAGACUCCGCCCCCGGCAGGCUGAUCCUUCAGGUAUUGGCGACGGACGCCGACAUCCGCUCCAAUGCCCAGAUCUCCUACGAACUGCUGGGCCCCGGGUCAGAACACUUCAGCAUCGACUCCGACACAGGGGAACUGAAGACCUCGCUUUCUCUGGACCGUGAGGAAGAGGAGCUCCAUAAGAUGAAGGUGCGGGCGAUGGACGGAGGAGGGCGCUACUGCGAGGCAGAGGUGGAGAUCACCGUCGAGGACGUCAAUGACAACGCUCCCCAGUUCACCUAUGACCCCUACGCCGUCACCGUGUUUGAGAACACGGAGAUGCACACGCCCGUCGCACAACUCCAGGCCACUGACGUGGACACGGGGUCCAAUGCUGAUAUCCUGUACUCUCUGGUGGAUUCUGGAGAGGGCUAUUUCUCCAUUGAUGAGCACACAGGGAUCCUCACCCUGGAACGGCCGUUGGACCGCGAGGUUCAGUCAGUCUACACUCUAAAGGCUCGUGCGACUGACCAAGGUUCACCCAGACGUCUGUCGACCGUCUGUACGGUCACCGUCUCCGUCUUAGACAUCAAUGACAACCCGCCCGUCUUCGAGCACCGCGAAUACGUCGCCACGGUACCGGAGGACAUCGCCGUGGGAACCCAGGUGCUCCGUGUCCGUGCCGCCAGCCGUGAUGCAGACGCCGGCAGCGAAAUUUCCUACGCCAUCGUGAGCGGCAACGAGAGAGGGAUGUUCAGCGUGGACCCUCACACAGGUGGCAUCUUUGUCAUAGAAAGCCUUGAUUAUGAGCUUGCUCAUGAGUACUACCUCACUGUGGAGGCCACUGACGGAGGCUCUCCGUCACUUAGUGACAUGGCCACUGUAAACAUUAACCUGACAGACGUCAAUGACAACAGCCCCCUCUUCAGUCAGGAGGUGUACGCCGGCGUGGUCAGCGAGGACGCGGAGCUUGGCAAGACUGUUCUAACGGUCAUAGCGGACGACGCAGACGGACCCGCUAACAGCCAAGUCCGCUACUCCAUCGUGGAUGGAAACCAGGGUACUCCGUUCACCAUCGACCCAGUCAGAGGAGAGAUCAAGGUGGCUCGGCAGCUGGACCGAGAGAAGAGCUCAGGAUACACCCUGGCCGUGCUGGCCUCUGACGGAGGGAGUCCGGUUCGGUCCAGCAGCGCCGUGGUCAAUAUCGACGUAUCGGACGUGAAUGACAACCCGCCCGUUUUCUCCCAGACCAACUACAGCAUCAUCAUCCAGGAGAACCGUCCGGUGGGCACCAGCAUUCUCCAGUUAACCGUGACCGACCGCGACGCCUCUCACAACGGACCCCCUUUCACCUUCUCCAUCAUCAGCGGCGACGAGAACGGCGCUUUCAGCAUCAACCCUCAGGGCGCGCUCGUCACCACGGCAACGCUCAGCCGCCAAGUCCAGGAGCACUACAUGCUGCAGGCUCAGGUGGCGGACAGCGGGCGUCCUCAGCUCGUCUCCACCGCCUUCAUCAGCGUCCGUCUCAUCCAGGAGAGCGUCUACCCCCCCGCCAUCCUCCCCCUGGACAUCUUCGUCACCACCGCCGACGAGGAAUAUUCCGGCGGCGUGCUGGGCAAAGUCCACGCCACUGACCAGGACAUCUACGACACACUGACCUACAGCCUGGCCUCCGACUCCGACUCCGACCACGCCCUCUUCUCCAUCGCCGCCGGCGACGGCAAGGUGAUCGCCCGCGGAGGGCUGGACGCGGGGCACUACCCGCUGAACGUGACGGUGACGGACGGGCGCUUCACGGCGGCGGCGCGCGUGAACGUGCACGUCCGCCAGACCGCGCAGCAGGCGCUGGCCAACUCCAUCGGGGUCCGCUUCGCCGCCAUCGCCCCAGAGGAGUUCAUCGGGGACUACUGGCGUAACUUCCUGCGUGCGCUGCGUAACAUCGCCGGCGUGAGGCGCGGAGACGUGCAGCUCGUCAGCCUGCAGCCGGCCGCCGACGCCUCGGGGGACCUGGACGUGCUCUUGGCCCUGGAAAAGUCCGGAAGCCCCUACCAGCCGCAGAAAGUGGUCUUCCGCAAACUGAACACUUCGGUGGGGGUGAUCGAGGAGAUGACGGGGGUCAGGAUCGUGCGUGUGAUGAAGAAGCUAUGCGCGGGAUUGGACUGUCCGUCACAGUUCUGUGAGGAGGAAGUGACCCUGGAGAAGGGAGUUAUGUCGACCUAUAGCACAGCACGGAUUAGUUUUGUCACGCCCCGUCACCAGCGACACGCCAAGUGUCUCUGCCAGGGUGAUAAGUGUCCUGUCGUGACCUCACUGUGUGAGGGGAACCCCUGCCCUGAUGGCAAGGAGUGUGUGGCGGAUGAUAAGCUGGGCCGGAUCAGCUGUGUGUGUCCGGACGGCAAACAGGGAAAAUGUUCUGAGGGUGAGUCCCUGACGUUUGGAGGGAACGGAUAUGCACGUUACAGACUGAUGGAGAAUGAAAAUAAAGAGGAAAUGAAACUCUCUCUGAGUCUCAGGACGUUCUCCAGUCAGGCCACUGUCAUGUACGCCAAAGGCACUGACUACAGCAUACUGGAGAUUGUAAAUGGAAGGCUGCAGUAUAAGUUUGACUGCGGCAGUGGUCCUGGCAUCGUGUCCGUACACAGCACUCAGGUGAAUGACGGGGAGUGGCACAGCGUGUCUCUGGAGGUGGACGGUAACUACGCCAAACUGGUCCUGGAUCAGGUUCACACGGCGUCGGGCACCGCCCCCGGGACACUCCGCACCCUCAACCUGGACACCAGCGUCUACUUUGGCGGGCACGUGCGUCAGUCGAGCGCCCUGCAUGGGCGGAGUCUGCCCGUGGCCAAUGGGCUUCGAGGAUGCCUGGAGAACAUCGUGCUGAACGGGCAGGAGCUGCCCCUGCGUGUCCAGGCCCGUGGCCCCCUUGCCCUGCUGGAGGAGCUGGUGGACGCCGGGCAUGGCUGCAGUUUGGUACCUCCUGCCCAGGGCUGCUCCAGCAACCCCUGCACCAAUGGAGGGAGCUGCUCCUCACUGCCCAACGGAGGUUAUUUCUGUAAGUGCACAGCGGCAUUCAUGGGCACUCAUUGUGAGAUUGGCAUCAGCCCCUGCACCUCUAACCCCUGUCUGUACGGGGGCACCUGUGUGCCACGCGGGGACGACUUCUACUGCCAGUGCCGCGGACAGUACUCCGGUCAACGGUGCCAGCUGGGUCCGUACUGUAUGGACAACCCGUGUAAGAACAGCGGGAAGUGCAUCGACAGCCUCGACGGACCCGUGUGCGAGUGCGAGCCUGGUUUCCAAGGCGACAGGUGCCUCAGUGAUGUGGACGAGUGUGUGAAAAACCCCUGUGCCAACGGCGGUCAUUGCCAAAACACGUACGGAUCCUACAGCUGCAACUGCUCCGCGGGAUUCUCCGGACACCUCUGCGAGCUGCGCUCCGAGAUCCGCAACGAGUUCGUCUCCACCUCCUGGAACAUCGGCUGGGAGGAGGUCAUCGGCAUCGUGGUCUUCGUGGCCAGCAUCUUCAUCCUGGUGCUCCUCUUCGUCAUCGUCCGCAAGCGCGUCUGCCGGCGGGGGAAGUCGAAGUCGGGGGACGAGGACAAGGGCGUGGACGGCAGGGCCCCUCACUCGUUCCUCCAGCGUCCGUACUUUGACUCCAAACUCAACAAGAACAUCUACUCCGACAUCCCGCCACAGGUCCCCGUGCGACCCAUCUCCUACACGCCCAGCAUUCCCAGCGACUCCCGCAACAACCUGGACCGGAAUUCCUUCGAAGGCUCGGCCAUUCCCGAGCACCCGGAGUUCAGCACCUUCAACCCGGACUCGGUCCACGGCCACCGCAAGACGGUCGCCGUGUGUAGCGUGGCGCCCAACCUGCCUCCGCCGCCUCCCUCUAACUCUGUGUCCGACAGCGACUCCAUCCAGAAACCCAGCUGGGACUACGAGUACGACGCUAAAGUAGUGGACUUGGAUCCAUGUCUCACUAAGAAGCCAGUGGAGGACAGCGCGUGUCACCCGUAUAACACACGGGGAAGCAUGUCGGAGGUCCAGUCCCUCAGCUCUUUCCAGUCAGAGUCCUGCGAUGACAAUGGUUAUCACUGGGAUACGUCUGAUUGGAUGCCAAGCGUUCAACUUCCUGGAAUCCAGGAAUUUCCACAGUACGAGGUGGUGGAAUCGGCGGCGCCUCUGUACUCCGAUCCCAACCUCAUCGACACCGACUACUACCCCGGCGGCUACGACAUCGAGAGCGACUUUCCCCCUCCCCCCGACGACUUCCCCAACCAUGAUGACCUACCCCCACCGCCCGUGCCGGAAUUCGGCGACCGUUACGACACGCUGCAGCCUCCCAGCAGGAUGCUGAGGACCCCAUCUAGCCCCGGCCCCCCAGGGGUACGCCAGAGACCCCCCCUACCGCAGCUCUACAGCCUCAACCAGUACCUACCACAGCACCACUACCCCUCAGACCCGGCAGAACCUCAGACCGGCACCAGUAACGGCACCAACACCCUGACGUCGUCGACCGCGGCCACCGGCGGUUACCGGGGCACCUUCCCCAUGGGUUACGGACGCGACUUCGACACGCCGGCGGCGGACAACAUGUCCAUGUCGCUGUACACGUCGACGGCGUCCUGCUCGGACAUGUCGGCGUGCUGCGAGGAGUCGGAGGUGAUGAUGAGCGACUACGAGAGCGGAGAGGAGAGCGGUCACUUUGACAGACUCGCCAUUCCGCCACUGGACUCACAGCAGCACACUGAAGUCUAACACACUGGAACCAAACUCAAGUGCCUGAACCCCACCGGAACACUGG